GAUCUCGUGGCGCCCAUGAGGAGGAGCGUCCCUUGCUCCAUCUGGCAGCGCAGCAACCCCCCAACGCCCCCCCGUCCCUAACCUGCCCGCACCCUCCGUAUCCCCCCUCACUCUCUCUCUCUCGGCUACUCCCUCACCCACAGGACCUCGUGGCGCCCAUGAGGAGGAGCGACCUCGUGGCGCCCAUGAGGAGCGUCCCUUGCUCCAUCUGGGACCAGGACAAGCGUCGACUCAAAAGGGGGAAGACGCGCAACGUCACAGGAUCUCGUUGCGCCCUUGAGGAGCGGAGCUUCCCUCGCUCCAUCUGGCAGCAGGACAAGCGGCUGUGGGUGUUCCCUCUCUCCUCCCUGGAUGCAUUUCUUCAAGCCGUGCAGUCGGUGCCAACCUGUGAUGUGGAGGUGGAGCCGUUGCCGGCCGUGGUGAAGCGAGCACUGGAGGAGACAGCCAAGCUACCAGACGAUUCAGGUCGCUACUUUGACUUGCCGGACGGAUUUCGGAAGCUUCUGAUGCCCUUCCAAGAGCAAGGCAUGCAGUUUGCUCUGUCGCGUGGUGGCCGGGUGCUGAUAGCAGACGAGAUGGGGCUGGGAAAGACGGUGCAAGCAAUAGGGCUGGCUGCAUGCUACAGGGACGAGUGGCCCGUGCUUGUCAUCGCCCCCUCCUCUCUGCGCCUGCACUGGGCCAUGAGCAUCAUGCGGUGGCUCGACCUGCCUCCUGAAGACAUCACGGUGGUGAUGCCUCAGGGGGGCGCCACUCGCAGCAUUAACGGGUUCAACUUUGUCCGCUGCUCUCGCAACCAGCCCCUCUCACUGCAAUCACCCUUCAACAUAGUCUCCUAUGACCUGCUUGAUCGCCUGGAGCAGCCAGAUGAGCCGUUCAAGGUGGUGAUAGCAGACGAGUCGCACUACCUUAAGAACUACAAAGCCAAGCGCACAAACCUGGCCGUUCCACGAUUGCAGGCAGCCAACAGGGCCAUUCUUCUCACGGGUACACCGGCCCUCUCACGCCCCAUCGACCUCUUCAAGCAGCUGGAGGCGCUUCAGCCGCGUGCCUAUCACAAGCUGGGGGAGUAUGGCAAGAGGUACUGCCGCGGGGGGAGAUUUGGAGAAUUCACAGGCUCUAGCAAUCGGGAGGAGUUGCAUGCAGUGCUGAGCGGUACGGUCAUGAUCCGGCGGCUCAAGAAGCAAGUGCUGCCACAACUGCCAGCCAAGCGACGACAACAGGUGCUGCUGAUGCUGGAGGAGAAGGCCAUGAAGCCCAUUCGCGCACUGCAUUUGCAGCUGAGAAAGGUGCGGGAGAAGAAGAGGGCGGCAGCGACUGCGGAAAAGGAGAGCGAAGCAGUCAUGGAGGAGAGGGCUCUGGUGUCCCGGCUGUACACGGAGUCAGCUGAGGCAAAGGUGGAUGCUGUGAGGGAGUACCUGGGGACGAUGCUGGAGGGGGGGUGCAAGUUCCUGGUGUUCGCCCAUCACAUGACCAUGAUGGAUGCUCUUUCCGACUUCUUCCAGAAGGAGAAGGUUGGGUACAUUCGCAUUGACGGGGGCACUGCGCCUGAAAAGAGGCACCAUCUGGUGUCGCGCUUUCAGGAAGACGCUGGCACUCGUGUGGCUGUGCUGGGCAUUCAUGCAGCAGGGGUGGGUCUCACGCUCACAGCAGCCAGCACGGUGGUGUUUGCAGAGAUGGCGUGGAAUCCGGGGGACCUGGUGCAAGCAGAGGACAGGGCGCACAGGAUAGGCCAGGCCAAUUCGGUGAAUGUGUAUUACCUGCACGCCCCUGAAACCAUUGAUGACCUCAUAUGGAGCGUUGUGCAGCACAAGCUGGAGAAUCUGGGACAGGUGAUGGACGGAGAGCAGAAGCAGUCGCUGCAGGUGCACAAGGACCCUCGCCAUGCUGCCCCUGCUGCUGCUCUUGCAGGCAGGAAGAAGGGAGGGGGCGAUGAGCAGCAGGGGGAGCAGAGCAGUGGGAAGUGGGGGGAGCUUACCCACGGGGGUGUGACUGAUGGAGGUGUGACUGUAACGGGGUGUGGGGGUGGGGAUGAGAAGAAGAGGCAGCGCACGAUCAGUGAGAUGUUUCAGCCGCUGAGCUAG